AUGUCUAAAGACAAGAAUGACAACAACCAGAACUCGAACAGCGGUGUUCCAUCUAUGGAACCUGAUGGAAUUAUCGAGAGUAAUUGGAACGAAGUGGUCGAAAAUUUCGAUCAGAUGAAUUUGCGUGAACCACUCUUACGUGGUAUUUAUGGUUAUGGUUUUGAACGACCUUCAGCUAUUCAACAACGUGCUAUUAAACCUUGUAUUUUGGGCCAUGAUGUUAUCGCACAAGCUCAAUCAGGUACCGGCAAAACGGCCACAUUCGCUAUUUCAAUAUUACAGCAACUUGAUACGGAAUGUAAAGAUUGCCAAGCACUUAUCUUAGCACCCACUCGAGAAUUAGCACAACAAAUUCAAAAAGUAGUCCUAGCACUCGGUGAUUAUAUGGGCGUCACUUGUCACGCUUGCAUUGGUGGUACCAAUGUUCGUGAUGAUAUUAAACGAUUGGAAACUGGUGUUCAAAUUGUGGUUGGAACACCUGGACGUGUCUAUGAUAUGCUUAAUCGUUCAGCUCUCCGUAGCAAAAGUAUAAAGAUGUUCGUGUUAGACGAAGCUGAUGAAAUGUUAUCUCGUGGAUUUAAGGAACAAAUCUAUGAUGUUUUCACAACAAUGCCACAGAGUAUUCAAGUGAUUCUUUUGUCAGCUACGAUGCCGAGCGACGUUCUUGAAGUGACAACUAAAUUUAUGAAUGAUCCAAUAAAAAUUCUCGUGAAAAAAGAAGAACUAACACUUGAAGGUAUUCGACAAUUCUAUGUCACUGUCGAACGAGAAGAAUGGAAAUUGGAUACACUUUGCGAUUUAUACGAAACACUAACCAUUACACAAGCUGUUAUCUUUUCAAAUACACGUCGAAAAGUUGACUGGUUAACAGAGAAAAUGCGCGCACGCGAUUUCACCGUCUCAGCUAUGCACGGUGAUAUGGAUCAAAAGGAACGUGAUAUAAUUAUGAAAGAAUUUCGAACCGGCUCCAGUCGAGUACUAAUAACAACAGAUCUACUUGCACGUGGUAUCGAUGUUCAACAAGUUAGUCUUGUUAUUAACUACGAUUUACCCAAUAAUCGAGAAAAUUAUAUUCAUCGUAUUGGUCGCGGUGGUCGAUUCGGUCGUAAAGGUGUGGCAAUCAAUUUUGUAACCGAUGACGAUCGACGAACUUUACGUGAUAUAGAACAAUUUUAUAAUACCCAAAUUCAAGAAAUGCCAAUGAACGUUGCCGAUCUUAUUUAA